AAAGUUCUUUUCAACUUCAGUCGUGGUCCCGACCACAUCUCCUAAACUUUAAAGUGAAACCCAAGAAAUAGUGAAAAGUUUUAAGUGUUUUUUUUAUUUUAAAAUCAAAAGUGCCAAUGGAGGAAGCCUCGGAAUCCAUUGGCAGCACUUUGUUCCACUUGAAGGAACUGGUGCGAAGUACUUGCCUCUCGGGGCAUAUUCGUUUCUACAACAAGAACUUUCUUCUAAUUCCGCAAAUUAGUCAGAAUUUCAGGAAAGUCCUCAAGGGCAUCAAUCACUGGGAAAUGGACAGAGUCCAUCCCAUCCUGGCUGGACUCUCCAUCCUGAUCCUCAUGGACGAGGAGGAGGUGGAUGUCCACCGGAAGCUGAGAUGUCGUUUCAUGGAACGGUUCUUGAACUUCAUAGACUGCAUCUAUCCCAUGAGUGUUCAUCUGCUGAUGGAACGUCUUCUGGUGGAACUGGACUACCUGGGGCUAGGGAACGACUCGAAUCUCCUCUACCUGGCCGUCGCCCUGGCCCACUCCUGUGUCCGGGGUCGUCCCCUGGCCGUCUGCAUGCUCUGGGAGCUGCUGGCCCGCCGUCUAUCCGGCCUGGAGAUCACCAUGCAUCGCUACCGGGAGCCAUCGGAACUGGCCGACGCCAUCGAUCUGAAUCCGCCCCAGAUGCCCGACGGUGGCGAGGAAAAGAAGAAGUUGCUCAUACUCCUGGAGGCUAUUGAUCAUUUGAUGCACUUGCUCCUUGAGGAGGAUAACGAUGAGCUGGUGAAGACCGGCUAUCCGGAGCACUUCUUUCAGCUAGAACGCCGUGAUGCCGAGAUCAUGUACAUAUGGUGUCAGGAACUGGUGGGAAAGAUACCCUCCAUGGAGAGUGAACUUAACACCAAGUUGACUGAGACUCUGGGCAACCUGAUCGAGAUCUUUGGCAGAAUCAUGACCAAUCCAGAGACAACUGAGAUUGCCACCACUAACACCACUACUGGUGAUGGUACUACAACUAAUAACUCCACCACCUCGAGUGGGGAUUAAAUUAUUAAAUGAAUAAGCCGGCCAAUCGAGGGUUAAAUAUCAACAAACUAUAUAACCCUCGAUUCAAAAAAAAUGCAAACAAACUUUUGACACAAAAAGGAAACUCAAGAACACCCUUCUCAUCAUUCAAUCAAACAAACAAAGAAACAAACAACUAUAAAGCAUUACUCUACUCAAAUAUCACAAUCAACUACCAAUAUCGUAACCGUAAACCUAACAAAUACCAUUCGAUGAUAAUGUUUCCGAAGAAAAUUCGAUAGCUCCUUAGGAAAUAGGAAAUAGGAAUCCUUAUCGAAUUUUCUUCAACAUUUAAAUAAGACAGAAGAGGACUAUUACAUUUAAGAAAACGGAGGGGCACGGAGGAGAUAACCCACCUACCUACCUGGAGAGGAUGAGGACUUCAUACGGAUACCUAAAUUAUCAUUACAAUUAAUUUUAACACACUAAUAUUACUUAGAAUGUCUGCUGCGAUGGAAUGUCCUACGCGCGACUAAUAAUUUAUCGCUUUAAGGAUUCGUUUUUUUAUUUGUGACCCGAUACUGAUACUGAUACUACUCCAAGGACUCUGGGACAUGUAUAAAAUAUCAGAUACUGAGAUACUCAGAUCUGACUAACACAAAAAGAUACACAAUUUAGAAAACGAACAACUUUGAACAAGAAUAAAAUUAAGCGGAGGAGGAGCAGAAAACAAUGAUGAAUUGUUAAAACUGCAACUCAAGGAUAUGAUAAGGAUAUAUAAUAAUGAAUGCAAGGAUUUCUCUGAAGGAUGUGUGGGUGUAUUUCCGGUUAUAACCCGGCAAUACUAUGGUUAACAAUUUUUAAGGACGAACGACGAACAUCGCAACAUCGCUCACAAAACAACAUAAUUUCCACUAAAAAAAUAAGUAAUAUUUCAUGCAAAAAAUAAAAAAAAAAAAUUUUGUAGACUCUAAGAUAGAUAUAGAAACCUAAAGGUGGCGCGAGAUGAUGCGCUUUCUUAUAGAAUUAUAGACUUAUAGACUUAUAGACUUAGUACCACUAACUAACUUAGCAUUAAAUAAUCUCAUUACCUGACUAGCGCGGAAGUGCAGGCUUUGAACGAAAAACUAACUAAAAAGCGAUUCUACAAAUCCACCAACAAAAUAACUAACAAAAUACUACUUUGCUACUCCAUAUAUCACAUAUUACUUAUCAUUAUAUUUCAUCAUAUCACUAUUCAUUAUAUAACUUUAUUAUAUUACUCUACUAUUA